AGAACACCGAGCACCUGCCUACGUCACCUCUGUUGUGUUGGAGUGCCGGGCCGCAGGUGGCUGUACAUAAGGCCUGGCGGACAACACGCUGCCGCAGACUCACACAAACACGCCCCGCUGCAGCCAUGAGGAUCGCCAUUGCAACUCUUCUGGUUCUUGUUGUCGCCCUGGGGGGCAGCGAGGCCUUCAGGCUCUCGCCGGACCGCGAGAUAGUGACGCAUGAACGUCUCUUUGAAAAGAGGGCUGCCGGCGGUGACGAUGACGAGGCGGACACAAAAGGGAACGACGAGGAUGCAGCUGACGAGGAUGCAGCUGACGAGGAUGCAGCUGACGAAGAUGCAGCUGACGAGGAUGCAGCUGACGAGGAUGCAGCUGACGAGGAUGCAGCUGACGAGGAUGCAGCUGACGAGGAUGCAGCUGACGAGGAUGCAGCUGACGAGGAUGCAGCUGACGAGGAUGCAGCUGACGAGGAUGCAGCUGACGAGGAUGCAGCUGACGAGGAUGCACAUGACGAAGGCGCAGAUGAUGAGGGUGCAGAUGAUGAAGGCGCAAAUGAUGAAGGCGCAGAUGAUGAGGGAGCAAAUGAUGAGGAUGAAAAUGCUAAGGGUGCAGCUGAUGAGGGAGCAGAUGAUGAGGGAGCAGAUGAUGAGGACGCAGAUGAGUAAAUCCCUUUCUUUCACCAUCAACACCGCCAUGAGGAGGGACUCAGCGCUGGCUUAAGGCGAAUCCAGGAGCUUUAUCAGACCUUUUUUUCUUUAGUUCUCCCUCACAGACACCUUUUAUAUUGUAACUGAGGCGUAUUAAUAAAGGACAAGCGUAUCUUUUGGUAAAUAACA